UCCGAUUGGACCUGUUGGACGUUCAUUGUUGGUGUUGGUGUUGGUGUUCGUGUUCGUGUUUCAAACAUUCAACGUUCUUCCCAUCUCCAACAUCCAAUAGGGACUGCCGAAGAUUUAUAUGAUGAAUUAGUUGAAUGAACUUCAACAUUUUGAAUAUUUGGCCAAUAUGAUAUUGUCUUCGAGCACUACCCUUCAUCUACGUAGAAUCAGCCACAUGAAAGUUGUCUUUAACCGCUCAAUCCAGUUGUAAUUUUGGUGGGGGGAUGUUCCUCGAUUCGCUUUCGAACAAUUGCAGCUUCACUGGAACCACCAGGAUAAAUUUGACAAUCCUAGCCAAGGGGGAAUCUCUUAUGGUAUGUAUUCCUACUGGUCCUUAGAUAUUAGAACACAUACAACUCUUCGAUUUCACAACAUAUUUCACAAAACCAUUUUUGGUAAACAUUUCUCGCGGAGACACCACAUCCUUUUUGUUGCAAUGUAUACAUCGAUAUUUCUUCUGACGGAUAUUGGCCCUAGCGGCUCGUCUGUGCUCACCCAUGCGCUCUUCCUCAGACUACCUACCUACCUACCUACCUACCUACCUACCCAACUACCUACCUACCUACCUACCUAUGCUUAUCUUCAAUAUAUCCGUCACAUAAAUCUUUCGACGCCGCGAAAGCCUGGCAUACCAUCAUAUUGAGGGACCUCAAUUUUUCUUCAGAUGGAAGGUCAAAGGGAAAUUCUCUACAUACAACAUUCCUACUGGGGUUAGAUCAAGGGUCAAGAAGGUAAACUUUUGUGGUCAGGUAGGCCUGGCCAAAGGAGUCGUUAAAGACCUGUAUCUGGCAGACUUUGAAGAAAAUUGAAAAGCGAUGAAUGAAAAUUGUAGUGCAACUCUAGAAUGUAUGAUGGAGGCAUGAAAGGCGAUACAAGAUUUAUUACCAAUGAAAGUCUUAAUACCAUGGUCUCAUUCCCAAGUGCUUUCAGUCAUUCCUCAAAAGCUUGAGGAUGAAAAUCUGUAGUUCUUUGGGUGGCCUUCCUUACUUUCAGCA